GCCAAUAGGCGUUGCACUCGGAGGGAAAGGCUCCAGUUCAGCAACAUUGACUGUGCGCAAACUUGUGGAGGUGGAACAGCUUGGCAGUUGAAAUCACUUUUCAAGCUUAAUAUGGACUCUUUUCGACGGAAUUCUGGUUAAAGAUUGUGACUGGUGUUUUCUUAAGGUUUGCAAAUCGACAUCAUGGUGGUGAAUUCCGUGCACUGGUUCCGCAAAGGGCUGAGACUCCAUGAUAAUCCGGCUUUACAGGAAGCUUUGAAUAUUUCGGACACAGUGCGAUGUGUUUACAUUUUGGAUCCCUGGUUUGCUGCAUCGGCUAAUGUAGGAAUCAACAGAUGGAGAUUCCUCCUUGAAUCAUUAGAGGAUCUGGACGCCAGCCUGAGAAAACUGAAUUCCCGACUGUUUGUUGUGCGAGGGCAGCCAGCAGAUGUGUUUCCCAGAUUAUUCAAGGAAUGGAAUGUAACACACCUGACUUUUGAAUACGACUCGGAGCCGUUUGGGAAAGAGAGAGAUGCUGCGAUCAUGAAGCUGGCACGGGAGUCAGGAGUGGAAACAAUUGUACAAGAAUCCCAUACGCUGUACAGUUUAGACAGGAUAAUCGAGUUAAAUAAUAACAGUCCUCCGCUCACAUUUAAGCGAUUUCAAGCCAUUGUCAGUCGCUUGGGGCUUCCAAAGAAACCCCUGGGGACAGUGACCCCCCAGCAGAUGGAGAGAUGUCACACUCCCAUCUCCGAGAACCAUGACGAAUGCUACAGAGUGCCAACUUUGGAGGAGCUAGGAUUUAAGACGCAUGGACUCAGUCCAUCCAUAUGGAAAGGAGGAGAAACAGAGGCUGUAAGACGACUAAAUAAACAUUUAGAGAGAAAGGCCUGGGUCGCAAGUUUCGAAAGGCCCAAAAUUAAUGUGUAUUCGCUGAUUGCCAGUCCAACGGGUUUGAGUCCGUACCUGCGGUUCGGCUGUGUAUCAUGUCGUCUGUUUUAUUACAGCCUGUUAGAGCUGUAUAAAAAGGUCAGAAAGAGUAGCAGUCCCCCUCUCUCGCUAUUCGGACAACUGCUCUGGAGGGAGUUCUUCUACACAGCAGCUACGAAUAAUCCCAAAUUCGACCAGAUGGAAGGGAACCCAAUCUGCGUGCAGAUCCCCUGGGACAGGAAUCCAGAGGCUCUGGCUAAGUGGGCCGAGGGACGGACAGGUUACCCCUGGAUCGAUGCCAUCAUGACCCAGCUCCGGCAGGAGGGCUGGAUCCACCACUUAGCCCGGCAUGCGGUGGCCUGUUUCCUGACCCGGGGGGAUCUGUGGGUCAGCUGGGAGAGCGGCAUGAGGGUCUUUGAGGAGCUGUUACUGGAUGCGGAUUUCAGUGUCAACGCAGGGAGCUGGAUGUGGCUGUCAUGCAGUGCCUUUUUCCAGCAGUUCUUCCACUGCUAUUGCCCUGUUGGCUUUGGAAGAAGAACGGACCCCAGUGGAGACUAUAUCAGACGCUAUAUACCAAAGCUGAAAGAGUACCCAAAUAGGUACAUUUAUGAGCCAUGGAAUGCCCCAGAAAUUGUGCAGAAGGCUGCUAACUGUGUCAUUGGGGUAGACUACCCCAAACCAAUGAUCAACCAUGCACAGGCCAGCAGGCUCAACAUUGAACGUAUGAAGCAGAUAUAUCAGCAGCUUUCACACUACAAGGGACUUAGUUUACUGGCAUCUGUACCAUCCGUCCCUGAUGAUGCUAGGUCACCUGUAACAGACGAUCCGCAUGGACACAGCAGCAGUGCUCCAUGUUCACGGCACCACAGUAAAAACACUAGCUGGAGGAAGAGAGAGAGACCCUCUGACCUGGAGAGCGAAGACAAAUGCUCUAGGCCUAAAGUCCAGCGGCCCUGUGUCACCGGAAGUAGAGCAAAUGACAAACCAUAAUAAUGGGUGGAGAUGGGUGCAGAGAAAUCAGUAAGAUGGAACAAAUGAAGGACUGGUAAUCUGCUGUGUGCCCAUAGUACCUGAGCUGGUAUUUUUGAGCUGCAUCCACAUCAAAGGGUCAUUUUCUUUUCUGUUAUUUGAAAACCAUGCAGCAAAAGAAUAUUGCCAACAGUUUUUCAAAGCUUCUGUACUCAAAUUGUUAUAUAAACUCUGAAUUGUGGAAGAAAACCAAUUUUUCUGAAGUGUUGGUUACAAUAUUUUAAUCAGCUGAGUACUUCUUGAAAUUGGCAAACUGUUAGAUACAUUUCUGUCUUGUGUCCUUUUUUCAAAUUUCCUUGAUACCUUGUGAACAUUCAUGGGCUAAAUUAGUUCUGUCACUGAAGCUAAGGCUACAAUAGCUUGAGGAGAACAUUUUGACACAUAUCUAGUUAGCUAUGAAGCAAAUUGCAUUUUCAUACAGCAUCCAGUAAAUUCUAGUUACAAGUGCCAUUUUGUCUGCUGCCAAAGGUUUUAAUAAAUAAGCAUGACUUAUAUCUCUAAAACAGGCAUCUUAUGUAAAAUGCUCACUUUAGUUUGUCAUUUUUGUUAUCCAUAUUCAUUCCCUAUAUGUGCUAUGUUGCACAAUUAUCAGCCUUACUAAUAAAAUAAUGAUGCAUAGCCUUAACAGUAAAUAGGUUCCCCCCUUCACAGCCAUUGUUUGAACUGUGAUGUUCUUUAGCAUAAUCCCAAAGAAAUUGCCAUCUGUUUUGAACAUCUUCAGAUUUCAUUCUAUGGAUGACUUUUUUUUAGAUUUUGUACAUCCUGUAAUUUCAAGAAAAUUAAGUUUAACAUGGUUAUUAAUGAGAGCAAUCUUGGUGUAUGAUGAGCAUUGCUUUGUGAUUCAUAUUUUAAUUUAUAUAUAAUACAAUGCAAUAAAUUGCUGUUUAAUUUAUAGGUAAUUACUGCACUCAUAAUAUGAAACAUGCAGCAAGUGCUUAGCUUAAAGUCAAUGAGUAAAUGUUUAGUAUAUAUGGAGAAUGGAUCCAAAAGCAUCUUCCCAUCAAAGCCACUAUAUAUAUAUAUGUGUAUGUAAUUCUUAUGUAACCAAACUUCCAUGUAAUAAGAAAAUGCAGAUAUUUCUUACUUGUGAAGCAAACUAUUUUUAUGCUGCCUAUGCAGAAACAUAGAUUGCAGAAAUGUCUUGAUAUUUCUGGGAGUCAUCUUUAUUCACCAGGAACUGAAAAGGCAAUCUGAAUUUCAAAAUGGAAUGAAAUUGCUUGGUAGCUAAGUAUUUACUGGAGCUGAGGAACCUGUGAUAAGUUAUACUAAGCAGAUGUGCAGUGCUAUAGCAGCUUCACACAUGCAAGGAUUAAACCUUCAUUAAUUCUAUUAAAUGUUUUACAUAGCAAUGGAAAAUGGUUCAUUUGUAUUUGCAGCAGUUCUUUUGUUUUUGGUGGAGGUUGAAAGAAGUGAAGGAAUUAUUAAGAAAGCUUCUUUAUAUGAAGUGUUGUGCAUAAAUUCUGAUUUUAUUUUCAGUGGUUUCUAAAUUGGCUGAACAAUUUAAGUUUUGAGUUUUCCUGUAAAUGGAAAAAUCAUAUUAAUUUUGACCUGAACUAAAUAGGCCUUUGUUCUUUAUUAACUCUCCACUAUAUAGCAUGAUGAUGAAGGUAAAAGUCCUUGUACAAAAUGUUAAUUAAAAAAUUCAGAAACCCACUUUUUGUUUAACGAUUUUUGCCUUUCUCCCACUCAUAUAAAGUACAGUAUUUCUGUUAAGAUAGAUUAAUUCCUAGUAACACUUUGUAUGUGAGAAAGUAAUACUAAUAAGUUAUUUUGUUUUGUAAUAAAUCUUCUAUUUGGUGAAAAGGUCAGCCUUUGUGACCCCCUAAUCAAAAUUAACAUAAAGAACAGGCUGGCUUCAUAAAAA